AUGACAGCAGUCGAAGUUGCCAAUGAGCCUCACAAGGCGUUUGAUACCAUUCUCGUUCUCGAUUUUGGGUCGCAAUACUCUCAUUUAAUUACGAGACGUCUUCGUGAGCUUAACGUCUACUCUGAGCUGCUACCAUGCACGCAGAAGAUUGCUGAGUUGUCCUGGAAGCCCACGGGUGUCAUUCUCUCUGGCAGCCCAUACUCUGUGUAUGAUAAGGACGCCCCUCACGUCGACCAAGCCGUCUUUGACCUGGGUGUUCCGAUCCUUGGUAUCUGCUAUGGCUUGCAAGAACUGGCCUGGCAUCAUGGUAAAAAUGUUGCCGCCAGUGACAACAAGGAGUACGGACACGCACACUUGAACAUCCAACGACACGGAGAAAAAGGUGAAGCCAACAUCGACCGCCUGUUCCUGGGACUGGAAGACAAGCUAGAAGUGUGGAUGUCACACGGAGAUAAGCUGUCUCAGCUUCCUGAGGGAUUUGAAAUCAUCGCUACUACAUCCAAUGCACCCUACGCUGGUAUUGCGCAUCAGACAAAACCAUACUUUGGUAUCCAGUUCCAUGCAGAGGUGACCCAUACCCCUUGCGGAAAGCAGGUCCUAGACAACUUUGCCGUUAAAAUUUGUGGCGCCAAACAGGAGUGGACAAUGGAUAAGUUUGUUGACAAGGAACUUGCGAGAAUCCGCGCUAUGGUAGGGGAGCAUGGUCAGGUAAUUGGCGCUGUGAGCGGUGGAGUGGACUCCACCGUCGCUGCGAAGCUGAUGAAGGAGGCUAUUGGCGAUCGUUUCCACGCCGUUCUCGUUGACAAUGGUGUUAUGAGACAGAACGAAGCUGAAAUAGUCCGUGAAACCCUCACGAAGGGCCUUGGCAUCAAUCUUACUGUCAUUGAUGCUAGUGAGAAAUUCAUUGGCCGACUCAAGGGCGUUAUCGAUCCAGAGCAAAAGAGAAAGAUUAUUGGGAAUACCUUUAUCGAGAUUUUCCAGGACACUGCAAAGACGCUAGUGGAGGAAUCUGCUGGCUAUAAGGAAGGAGAUAAAAUUGAAUGGCUUCUUCAGGGAACCCUUUACCCAGAUGUUAUCGAAAGUAUCUCUUUCAAGGGCCCUAGCGCUACGAUCAAAACUCACCACAAUGUCGGCGGGCUACUGAAAGGCAUGCACCUCAAACUUAUUGAGCCUCUCCGUGAGCUUUUCAAGGACGAAGUUCGUGUCCUAGGAACCAACCUUGGUAUUCCAGAGGACCUCGUAUGGCGACAUCCCUUCCCAGGUCCUGGCAUUGCUAUCCGAAUCCUCGGAGAAGUUACUCCCGAACAGAUCCGUAUUGCCCGUCAAGCUGAUUCGAUAUUUAUCGACGAAAUCAAGGCGGCUGGCCUAUACCGUGAGAUCAGCCAAGCCUUUGCUGCUCUUCUACCAGUCAAAGCCGUUGGAGUCAUGGGCGAUAAACGUACACACGAGCAAGUAAUUGCCCUGCGUGCGGUUGAGACCACUGAUUUUAUGACCGCAGACUGGUAUCCGUUUGACGGAAAUUUCUUGAAGAAAGUCAGCCGCAGAAUUGUGAAUGAGGUCAAUGGUGUUUGCCGUGUGCUUUACGAUGUUACGAGUAAGCCUCCAGGAACCAUUGAGAUGGAGUAG